AUGGUGCGGGCCGCAGCCAUGAGCCAGGACGCGGCCCCCGGCGGCCCCGAGCAGCCCGACAGAGAUGCCCGCUGCGUGCCCGGUGCCCCCGCGCCCUCGGCGCCCCCCGGCCCGCGAGGGAUGCCGCCGCCGCCCCAAGCCGGCCUGCCCCAGAUCAUCCAAAAUGCCGCCAAGCUCCUGGACAAGACCCCGUUCUCGGUCAGUAACCCGAACCCUCUACUUCCCUCGCCAGCCAGUCUCCAACUGGCUCAACUGCAAGCCCAGCUCACCCUCCAUCGGCUGAAGUUGGCACAGACAGCUGUCUCCAACAACACCGCGGCUGCCACGGUCCUGAACCAAGUCCUCUCUAAAGUGGCCAUGUCCCAGCCUCUGUUCAACCAGCUCAGGCAUCCGUCCGUGAUCAGCACACCCCACAGCCACACCGGGGUGCCCCAACAUGCUGCCACCAUGCCCAGUGCCCGGUUUCCCUCUAAUGCCAUUGCUUUCUCACCCCCUGGCCAGACGCGGGGCCCAGGGCCUUCUGUGAGCCUCCCCAGUCAGCCCCCCAGUGCCAUGGUGAUGCAUCCUUUCAGCGGGGUGAUGCCUCAGACCCCUGCCCAGCCAGCAGUCAUCCUGGGCAUUGGCAAGACUGGGCCCACGCCUACUGCAGCGGGAUUCUACGACUAUGGCAAAGCCAACUCCAGCCAGGCUUAUAGCUCUGAAACAGACGGCCAGCCCAACUUCCUGCCAGCCUCGGCCUCUACCUCGGGCAGCGUGACCUAUGAAGGGCACUACAGCCAUUCAGGACAAGAUGGCCAAGCUGCCUUUCCCAAGGAUUUCUAUGGACCCAACCCCCAAGGGGGCUCGCAUGUGGCAGGCGGAUUUGCCACUGAGCAGGCCGGGGGCAUGAAAGGCGAGGUGGGUCCACUGCUGCAGGGAGCAAACAGCCCAUGGGAGAGCCCCCAUGGCUUCUCUGGCCAGAGCAAAGCUGACCUGCUAGCAGGCCCCAACCUGUGGCCUCCACCCCCCAGCCAGCCCUAUGAGCUGUAUGACCCCGAGGAGCCCACCCCAGACAGGACCCCUCCUUCCUUAGGGGGUCGACAGAACAGCAGCAAACAGGGUUUCAGUGGUGCCAGGCAGCGGGCCAAGGAGGAGCAGGUCAUGCUGUCCGUGAGGCCCCUACAGGCGCACGAGCUGAAUGACUUUCAUGGUGUGGCCCCCUCCCACCUGCCCCACGUCUGUAGCAUCUGUGACAAGAAGGUAUUUGACUUGAAGGACUGGGAGCUGCACGUGAAGGGGAAACUCCACGCUCAGAAAUGCCUGGUCUUCUCGGAAAACGCUGGUGUCCACUGUCUGCUGGGUUCAGCAGAGGGAACGCUGUGUGCCACUCCCAACAGCACAGCCAUUUAUAACCCCGCUGGGACCGAAGAUUAUGCCUCAAAUCUUGGAACAUCCUAUGCGGCCCUUCCAGCAAGGACAUUUGCUCAGCCGAAUCCUGCAUUUCCCUCCCCUGGGACAAAUUUUACACAGCGGAAAUCAGGUGCUGGCCGCGUGGUGCACAUCUGCAAUCUCCCUGAAGGGAGCUGCACAGAAAACGACGUCAUCAACCUGGGGCUACCCUUUGGCAAGGUCACUAAUUACAUCCUCAUGAAGUCUACUAAUCAGGCUUUUUUAGAGAUGGCGUACACGGAAGCCGCCCAGGCUAUGGUCCAGUACUACCACGAAAAAUCUGCUGUCAUCAAUGGUGAGAAGUUGCUAAUUCGGAUGUCCAAGAGAUACAAGGAAUUACAACUGAAGAAACCUGGGAAAACCGUGGCUGCCAUCAUCCAGGACAUCCAUUCCCAGAGGGAGAGGGACAUGUUCCGGGAAGUAGACAGGUAUGGCCCAGAAAGGCCGCGGUCACGCAGCCCGGUGAGCAGGUCGCUGUCCCCGCGGUCCCACACGCCCAGCUUCACCUCCUGCAGCUCUUCCCACAGCCCGCCUGGCCCCUGCCGGGCCGACUGGGGCAACAGCCGGGACUCGUGGGAGCACUCUCCCUACGCCCGGAGGGAGGAGGAGCGCGACCCGGGCCCCUGGAGGGAGAAUGGGGAGGACAAGCGGGACCGGACAGACUCCUGGGCGCACGAUCGCAAGCACUACCCCAGGCCGCUGGACAAGGGCGACUUAGACGAGCAGCGGCUGGAAGGCGGGCGCGGCCACCGAGAGAAGCACACAAGGCCCGGGUCCCCCAGCCCGCUGCACCCCGCAGCCGGCUACAAGAGCCGGGAAGAUGGCUACUACCGCAAGGAGCCCAAAGGCAAAUCGGACAAGCAUCUGAAGCAGCAGGAGGCCCCUGCGAGGUCCAGGAGGAAGGACGAGGCCAGGCUGCGGGACAGCAGACACCUCUACCCCGACGGCGUGGGCAGGGAGGACGGCCUGGAGCCCAAGGUCACCAGGGCCCUGGAGAGCACCAAGUCGAAGCAGAGCGAGAAAACCCGAACCAAGAGACCUGACAGAGACCAAGAAGGAGCUGAUGACAGGAAGGAAAGCAGAGCGGCUGAGAAUGAGGCUGGAAAAGAGGGACAGGAGGACAAGGAAGAAAGCCCCCCACCAGCGAGCAGGCAGGAGAAAGAAACAGAGUUCUCUGACACAGAAACCACAAGGACAAAGAAGGAGCAAGACUGGGAGAGCGGAAGUGAGGCGGAGGGGGAGAGCUGGUACCCCACAAACAUGGAGGAGCUGGUCACCGUGGAUGAGGUUGGGGAGGAAGAAGAUUUUAUCAUGGAGCCGGAUAUUCCAGAGCUGGAAGAAAUUGUGCCCAUUGACCAGAAGGACAAGCUCUGCCCAGAAAUGUGCCCCUUUGUGACAGCCACCUUAGAUCUGGACUUAGCCAAGGAUUUCACCAAGGAGGGAGUCAACACCAUUGGUAAUGGGGCUGCAGAAAUCAUCCCCAAGUCACCCAGAGAACUGCCUUCUGCUUCCACGAGCUGUCCCAGUGGCAUGGACGUGGAAAUGCCCGGCCUAAAUCUGGAUGCUGAGCGGAAGCCAGCUGAAUGUGAGACGGGCCUCUCACAGGAGGGUUCGGAUUGCUACGAGAAGCAGGCAAAGGCAGCGGAGAGCUCAGACGUUUGCCUGGCCCCUACAGUCCAGCAAAUGUCUUCCCCCAAGGCAGCUGAGGAGAGGGCCCAGCAGCCCAGCCCAUCUCUCGAUGACCACAAGGCCAGGGGGACUCCGGAAGAUGGGGCUCGCGAAGGCAGCCCCCUGGAAGACAGGCCCAGCCCCCCCACUGGAACUGAACUCCAAAGCCAGGCUUGCCAAGGAGUGUUGACCCCGGAGAACUCCAGGUACGUGGAAAUGAAAUCUCUGGAGGUGAGGUCACCAGACUACACUGAAGUGGAGUUGAAACAGCCCCUUUCUUUGCCUUCCUGGGAGCCAGAGGAUGUGUUCAGUGAACAUAGCAUUCCUCUAGGGGUGGAGUUCGUGGUGCCCAGGACGGGCUUCUACUGCAAGCUGUGCGGGCUGUUCUACACGAGUGAGGAGAUGGCGAAGAUAAGCCACUGCCGCAGCGCCGUCCACUACAGGAACCUGCAGAAGUACUUGUCCCAGCUGGCUGAGGAGGGCCUGAAAGAGACCGAGGGGGCGGGCAGCCCCAGGCCCGAGGACAGCGGAAUCGUGCCUCACUUUGAAAGGAAGAAGCUCUGAAGGACACCCUGCCGCUGCUGGAAACAGAGGAGGGCCUGGGAGAGGGGCAGCCUGGCCUCCAGGCAGGAGCUAAAGCCCUGGAGGAAGGGAAGCCAGGCAGGCCGCACAGCCUGGGCUUGCCGUGAAAAUGCCCCGAAGUGUCCCUGGAGGCGUCCUCUUGGGGUGUUCUGCCCCGUGAGGGUUGUCAGCUCUCUCCAUCUUGACUCUUAUUUCCUUCAGACAAUCUUGCAAUUAGCUUCUCUCUCUUCUUUCCCUCAUUCCUCCCUCCCUUGUUCCCUCCUUCUGUGCCAAGGGUCAUUUCCUUUCCAUAAAAUCCAACUUCUCAGGGAUUUUUCACAGUGUUUAAGUUCUUGAUGGGAUGUGACAAUUCGGGCCAGGCUAAGUUAUUCCAGGAAAACUAAGAGUCUCUGCAGUGAACCUGGGUGGGUUUCUCUGCCUGGCAGCCCAUGGACAGCCAUGUGGGUCCGCAGACUGGAGAGGGGACGCCUGCAUCACCAGUGGAGAGAAGCUGGGAUUCCUUUAACUGCACCAUCUUUUUUGGAAAGCCUCUGUUUUUAAUGACUCCUUUAUCCUCUCAAUUAUAAUGGAAGUCUGACAGAUUCAUGCCUUAAACUAAAAUUAAAUUACUUUCAUGGAGGAAAAGAGCCCUUCCUUCUGGAAGCUCUCAUAUGUUCCUGUCACACUUUUUUCAUUCCUCUUGACUCCAGGAGAUGCCAGGGUUUAUUCCAUUCUGGACAAUGAAUUUGGUAUUGAUUCACUUUAAUUAAAAAUGAGAACAGAAGUGUCUUCUCCCUCCAGCUGAAACAGCAAUUGGUAAAGGCUUAAGUUGAAGGCUGGCCUCCCGGCCAUGGGAGGCAUUGGCUCAGGGGACACAAAAACAAGAAGCAACAUCUGUCCUUGACUUACCCUUGGUGCCUGCACCUGGCCUCUGGCAGCCUCACAGUAGAAUGAUUCUAAAUGGUCUCUGGGGUGGGAGAAGCUCAGGAAAGAGAAGAAUGCAGGAAGGAAGAACAGCAUUUGAGCGCCGGCUGUUUGUAGGUGGGCCUUUUCCAAUUUGGCAGAAGGUCAAGGUUGUCUCAGAGGUGACUCCGUCUGCAGACUUUGAUGUGAAAAUGUUAAAAAGAACAGACCCCUUAUUCCCACGGCUGUCGGGUACUGUGGAGGUCAGUGCUUUCCAGCCUCGGACGGGCUGCAGGGUCUGCUCUGCAGUCCCCCUGGAAGGGCUUGGGACAAAGGUGCUGGGGGAUGGGGCUCACCACAGCCACAGAGGAGAGCCUGGUGCUGUUUCCACCAGCUGAGAUGCUCGCCUGCAGGCUCAGACCCUGGAAGACAGUUCUGAAGGGAUUUUUUAUUUUUAUUUUUUGCAUUUUUCUUCUUAUAGUAGAUAAGAGUAUUCUGCACAUUCUGCCUUCUGUAAUAAUGGCAGAUGGGUAGACAGAUCACCUUACAUUCUAUCAGAUAAAGGAUAAAAAUGUAGAGUAUAAAACAAUCGGGUAAACCUGGGGGCAAAUGGUCCCAGGCAAGGAGGGAACUGUUGGGGGCCUGAAAGAGGAGGUCAGGCGGAAGCAAAUGAUCCAGCCUGGACCUGUGUGUCGAGGAGAGACCCGGGAGGCAGGAAACCUGAACCUGGCCUCAGGUCACGUGGGGCCGGAGCGCUCGGUUCCUAGAAGGGAAUAGGUCUUGAGGAUGUGUCUUAGCCCAGACCUCGUCUCCUGCUGCCUCCAGGGUUCUGGACACGGGCUCAGCCACCUCUGUUUCUCAGAAAACCUUUGAUGCUAUGUCUUUUAUCCCACUGGACUCAAGUCUAGGGUCAGCAACUUGCUCUCCUUGCCUGACCUUGCUGGGAAAAACCUACUGCCUCCAUCAGAGGAGAGAGCUGUGCAUUUCCAGAGUGGCUGGAGUCCCUCCCCCAAGCAGAGUGGAAGCUGACCUCAACGCUCCUCCUCCCAGCAGCGUUUCCAUGGAAACUGGAUGGCUGUUCAAACCAGCCUCCUGCCUGAAUAGUCUACGAGCACCCUUGCUGAUAGACUGAACUUCUCCAUAUUGGAAAGUUGGAGAGAGUCCCUGGGAGGGCAAGAGAAAGGCUCCCCGUAUCCAACAGAACCUUCAG